AUGUCUGUUACAGGCUUUUAAAACACCGAUGAGAAAGUACCCUUAAGUCACAGCAUUGAGAAGGAGAAAACCAUAAGACAAUCGUACUCUGUGAAAAAAAUUCAAGUUGGAAUCUGUUUGCUUCUGGUGGAGCUGUGUGAGAGGUUCACUUUCUUUGAAGCUGUCUGCAACAGGAUCCCAUUUUGCACUGUCAAGCUUGGCUAUCACAAUUACCAAGCCGCCAUUUUAAACUUGUGUUUUAUUGGAACGUAAGCCCCGGUGUUUGCAGGAUGGCUUGCUGAUGUACGUCUAGGAAGAAACAAACUGGUACAGGUUUGCUUGUUUCUGCAUUUUCUAGGCUCUGCUUUGUUAUCUGUGGCUGCUUUUCCCUUGGAGGGUUUCUACAGAGGCACUCACCGUAUGAUUAACAACAUACCAAAAAAGGAACAGACCGAGCUGUUUCACGUAGCACUGGUGACCAUCUGCCUCGGCACAGGAGGAAUAAGGGCCAUCGUCUGUCCCCUGGGUGCUUACAGCCUUCAGGAGUAUGGAUGCCAGAAACAAAUGUCCUUUUUUAACAGGUUUUAUUGGAUCAUGAGUCUAAAUGCAACUGUUGUCUUUCUGGGACUGUCUUAUAUCCAGCACUCGGCGGCCUGGGCCCUGGUCUUACUUACUCCUUUUAUGUCUACACUUAUGGCUCUGAUAACCCUUCAUAUGAUGCACUAUAACCUGAUUUAUCAGCCAGAAAAAUGUUACUCCCUCCUGACAACCUUUGGGGUGUUUGUUAAUGCACUAAAAACAUGCUGUCUGCAGUAUUGCCACCUUGGCAGAGGUAUGACAAGCUGGUUAGACCAUGCCAAGGAAAGAAAUGGCGGCCGCUACAGUGAGGUCCAUGUGGAAAACACAAAAUUUUUCUUCACCCCUCUCCCUCUCUUCAUUUUUCAGCUCCUCUACAGAAUGUGCAUUAUGCAGAUUCCUUCAGGAUAUUAUCUGCAGACCAUGAAUUCCAACCUGAAUUUGGGUGGAUUUCUUCUGCCAGUUGCAGUAAUGAAUGUCGUCAGCAUCCUACCACUACUAAUUUUAGCUCCUUUCAUGGAGUAUUUCAGCACCUGCCUAUUUCCCUCUAAGAGAGAUGGCCCAUUUCUGUUGGCAUGCAUUAUUGCUGGCAAUCUUUCUGCUGCAUCGUCUGUGAUGGUAGCUGGUUUCUUUGAAAUACACAGAAAGCACUUCCAUCCAGUCGAGCAGCCUCUUUCAGGCAAAGUUGUCACCAUUUCCUCCAUGCCCUGUUUCCACCUGGUUCUUCAAUACGUUUUACUUGGAGUGGCUGAAACUCUGGUCAACCCAGCCUUCACUGUAAUACCAUACAGAUUUGUUCCAAGUACCAUCAGAGGAAACUUUAUGAAUUGUUUGACACUGUUCAGUGGAUUUGGUUGUUUCAUGGGGGCAGUGACGGUGGAACUGGUCUACCUCAUCUCGGAAGGCAAUUGGUUUCCAAACACAUUAAACAAAGGCAAUUUAGAAAGCUUCUUCUUCUUGGCAUCAUUAACGUUGUUGAACGUCCUGGGAUUCUGGAGUGUUUCACAAAGAUAUUGUAAUCUAAAUCAUUUUAAUGCCCAGAACAUCAGUGGAAGUCAUCUUGAAGAAACAUUUCCCCUCCAUGAAAAGUCUCUGAAAUUUUAUGGCAGUACACAGGAAUUUUCUUCGAGUAUUGAUCUUUGGGGGAACGGCCCUACGAAACUCUCAUUUGUUCUCGGACGAAACAAGAUGAAAAGAGAGCUACAGAAUUCUAAAGAUGACCCUAAGCGAACACCAAAAGAGCUUAGAAUUCUCACAUCGGGGGCCGACGCUCAUGAUUAG